UUCUUCUUCUUCGUUUCAAUUCUCUCUUUCUGUGAUUUUUAUCAGUGUCUGUAACUGCAAGCAUGCGCUCCAAGGACAGAAUCUCUUACUUUUAUGACGGGGAUGUGGGAAGCGUUUACUUUGGUCCAAACCAUCCCAUGAAACCUCAUCGUCUUUGUAUGACCCACCAUCUCGUUCUCUCCUAUGAUCUCCACAAGAAGAUGGAAAUUUAUCGGCCUCACAAGGCAUACCCAGUUGAGCUUGCUCAGUUCCAUUCGGCUGAUUAUGUUGAUUUUCUACAUCGCAUUACGCCCGAUUCCCAGCGCUUGUUUUCCAAUGAAUUAGCAAAAUAUAAUCUUGGAGAAGAUUGCCCUGUCUUUGAGAAUUUGUUUGAGUUUUGUCAAAUUUAUGCCGGCGGAACAAUAGAUGCUGCACGCAGGUUGAACAACCAACUUUGUGACAUUGCUAUAAAUUGGGCCGGUGGUCUACACCAUGCCAAGAAGUGCGAAGCAUCUGGGUUUUGUUAUAUAAAUGACCUGGUCUUAGGAAUCUUGGAGCUUUUAAAACAUCAUGCUCGUGUUUUGUAUAUUGAUAUCGAUGUGCAUCACGGUGAUGGUGUUGAAGAAGCCUUUUACUUCACUGAUAGGGUGAUGACUGUUAGUUUUCACAAGUUUGGAGACAAGUUUUUUCCUGGAACCGGUGAUGUCAAGGAAACAGGAGAGAGGGAAGGCAAGUUUUAUGCCAUUAAUGUUCCACUCAAGGAUGGAAUAGAUGACAUUAGCUUCACUCGUCUUUUCAAAACUAUUAUUUCCAAGGUUGUUGAAACGUAUCAACCAGGGGUCAUAGUUCUCCAGUGUGGAGCAGAUUCACUAGCUGGAGAUCGCUUAGGCUGCUUCAAUCUCUCCAUUGAUGGUCAUGCUGAGUGUGUUAAGUUUGUGAAGAAAUUCAAUUUGCCCUUACUGGUUACUGGUGGCGGUGGAUACACAAAAGAGAACGUUGCUCGAUGUUGGACUGUUGAAACUGGAGUUCUUCUAGACACAGAGCUUCCAAAUGAGAUCCCAGAUAACGAUUACAUUCUAUAUUUCGGCCCAGAAUAUUCAUUGAAGAUUCCACAUGGGCACAUAGAUAAUGCGAACACCAAAUCGUAUCUUAGCACGAUCAAAGUGCAGGUCUUGGAGAAUCUUCGUCACAUUCAACAUGCUCCUAGUGUACAAAUGCAGGAGGUUCCUCCAGACUUCUAUAUCCCCGAUUUCGAUGAAGAUGAGCAGAACCCAGACGAACGAGUAGAUCAGCAAACCCGAGACAAACAAAUCCAGCGGGAUGACGAAUAUUACGAUGGAGACAAUGACCAUGAUCAGAACAUGGAAGAUGUGUAAAGCUUUUUUUAGUUUGUAGUAGUAGUGUAGGGUGGAAUUGAAAUUGAUAGAUGUCAAAAUUUGAAACUUGUGUGCACAAAAUGUUAGUUGUUAUUCAUAUCUUGGCUUCCUUUGUAACUGUGUAACAUGAAUUUGUAGAGCUGAGAGGAUUAUGUAAUUUUUCUUGAAAUGUACAACUAGUUAGUAGUUAGACAGAGAGAGACAAGGCUUAUUAUCUUUUUCCUUUUGGUCAUUUUAAUCUUUCCAUUAAGUGUGUUUUGUAAUGUUCUUAAUGUUGUUUCUCUUAUACUUCAAUGAUUUGGAUAAUUUUUCUAAUGAUAUAAGAUGAUCACUUGAGAUA